AUGGACCGAACGAACAUUAUCGACGACAAUGAAGUCGCGCGCGCCAUGACUUUGGCUACGCCGAGGAAAGGCAAAGGAAAGGGUAAGAAAAAAGCUCCUGAAUCCCACGCGAGCAGUCCUCCAAAGCAGAAGAGUACUGCGAGGGCAAGGGCAAAAAGUGCGACCCCAGCUACACCUUCCACCCCGACGCGGGCUGCUGGGGCUAGGUUCUACGAGGCGAACGGCUUGAAAAUCCCGUUGUACAAUAAAGACGGCUUAGGCAACAAAAAGAGGCCGUAUGCUCGCUUAUCCAAGGGUCUGCUCAAGUACAGCGUGGACGACUUACUUGAUAUUGUAGAGCAGUAUGCAGGCGCGGGGAAGAGGCAAGAGCUGAAGGACGAGGGACUAGCGAAAUCAAGGCUCGCGAACUGGAUCGAAGAGAAGGAGACACUUGCCCUUGGACGCAAUCCGAAGUCGACAUUGUCUAACAGUAGUACCCCCCGUCAAUCUAGUCACCGGAAGAGGAGCGCACCUGAUGAGCCACCGGAUGGCCGGCCACACGCGAAGCUUCAGAAGCGUGACACACUAACAAACACGACUGCUACAAAUACCGGACAUUCGGCUGAGGAUGAGUUCACAGGCACCCUAGUCGACUACAAUAUACCAACGCUUUCGCAAACGGAAAGGCAAACAUCGGUAUAUAACGCCAAAGGGUCCCGCCAAGAUGCUUUCAUGCAGGCCACUGGCAUGAAUCCUUUGGAUCCCGACCGCUCUUCGAUAAUCAUUCGCGGACGUAAUGAGGAUCGCGUGCUCACAGCGACAUCUGGCAAAGGUUAUCGCAAGGGCGAGACGUACUUCCAUGAGACCACAAUACCACAUCGCGCUACCAAGCACCACCAAUCUCCUCCCGUCCCAUAUCUGAAGGAAGGAGAGCACGGGCGUAAAGGUGACUUCCAAGCCGACAACGACCGGUGCACGGGCGUGGGCCAUCAAUUUGAACCGGACGACUAUCUCAAGUGGUCAGAGUUCAAGAACUUCCGCAGCACGAUUUACGAGCAGUUUCCACACUAUCCGAAGCCGAACCAGGGGAUAACAAUCGACCUUGAGACGAAGGAUACAUGGGAUGCAUGGCAAAUUUGGUACGAGGAGUUCACGAAGAAGUACCCUGGCUAUGCCGUCGCCCACUUGUGGCCUUGUGGCUGCGAGAAGGUGAGAGACGAGGAUGAGAGUGAAGAGGAGUAG